CGGGGCGGGCGGGACCCCGCGCGGGCUGCGGAGCCUGGCAUCAUGUUCGCCGGCUUGCAAGAGCUCGGGGUGGCCAACGGGGAGGACUUGAAGGAGACGCUCACCAAUUGCAUGGAGCCCCUGAAGGCCAUCGAGCAGUUCCAGACAGAAAACGGCAUCCUGUUGCCCUCUCUUCAGUCCGCCCUCCCUUUCCUGGACCUUCAUGGCACCCCUAGGCUGGAGUUCCACCAGUCGGUGUUUGAUGAACUGCGUGAGAAGCUUCUGGAGAGGGUCUCGGCUAUUGCCGCUGAAGGAAAGGCCAAUGAAAGGUACAAAAAACUAGAAGAUCUCCUGGAGAAGAGUUUCCCUUUGGUAAAGAUGCCGUCCAUCCAGCCAGUGGUGAUGUGCGUCAUGAAACAUUUGCCCAAGGUCCCCGAAAAAAAGUUGAAGCUGGUGAUGGCCGACAAGGACCUGUAUAGAGCCUGUGCCGUGGAAGUGAAACGCCAGAUCUGGCAAGAUAACCAGGCUCUGUUCGGAGACGAGGUCUCCCCGUUGCUGAAGCAGUACAUUCUGGAGAAGGAGAACGCUUUAUUCAGCAGCGACCUCUCCGUGCUGCAGAACUUCUUCAGCCCUUCCCCUAAGACCAGGCGGCAGGGAGAGGUGGUUCAGAAGCUGACCCAGAUGAUCGGGAAGAACGUGAAGCUGUACGACAUGGUGCUUCAGUUCCUCCGGACGCUCUUCCUCCGGACGCGGAACGUCCAUUAUUGCACGCUGAGGGCAGAGCUCCUCAUGUCCCUCCACGACCUGGACAUCAGCGAGAUCUGCACGGUGGACCCCUGCCACAAGUUUACGUGGUGCCUCGACGCUUGCAUUCGGGAGAAGUUUGUCGACAACAAGCGGGCGCGGGAGCUGCAGGGCUUCCUUGACGGAGUGAAAAAGGCCCAAGAGCAAGUGCUGGGGGACCUGUCGAUGAUCUUGUGCGAUCCGUUUGCCAUCAACACCUUGGUUUUGAGCACGAUCCGGCAUUUGCAGGAGCUGAUUGGUCAAGAGGUGUUACCCAGGGAAAGCCCAGAACUCUUACUCCUUCUGAGGAUGCUGUCCCUGGGACAAGGGGCUUGGGAUGUGAUUGACAGCCAGAUCUUCAAAGAACCCAAACUGGAAGUGGAUUUGAUCACCAAAUUUCUGCCAAUGUUGAUGGCCUUCGUGGUGGACGACUACACCUUCACUGUGGAUCAGAAGCUGCCUUCGGAAGAGAAAGGUCCAGCUUCUUACCCCAGCACCAUCCCUGAGUUGUUUCCAAAAUUUCUCCAAGAACAGCGGAUCGCCUGUGAGGUGGGCCUUUACUACGUGCUCCACAUCACCAAGCAAAGGAACAAGAACGCCCUGCUUCGCUUGGUCCCAACCCUGACGGAGACCUUCAACGACCUGGCCUUUGGGGACAUUUUCCUGCACCUCUUCACAGGCAACCUCACCCUGCUGGCCGACGAAUUUGGGCAGGACGAUUUCUGCGGGGUCCUUUUCGACCGCUUCUUCCUGCCUGCCUGCCCCAGGAAGGACAACGUCCAUCGUCACCUGCUGAGGCUGCUGCUUCACCUCCAUCACAAAGUCUUCCCUGCCAGGCUGGAGUCGCUGCAGAAGGCCUUGGAACCAACCAAGCAGAGCAGCGAAGCGGUGAAAGAGCUUUACAACCAGCUGGGCGAGAAACUGGAAGUCCGCAAGCCUAGCCCCGUCCCAGAAGCUGAAGCUCCACCGAUGGAUUUGCCCCUCCCAACAGUGUCUUCUACCCCGGUUCCACCAUAGAUGCAAUCCCCACCCCCUCCUCAAUUCCCUCUGGGAGAGCCAGGCUCAUUCCUGGCGUCGGAGGGACAAAGGUUGGACACACUCAGCUUGCUUGGGACACGGUCACCUGGGCAACCUUGAACGCAGCUACUCAGAUGCCUACUCCGCAUCUCAUCCCCACGGUGUGGGUGUCUCCCAGGAAGGGUGCUGCACAAUUAAAGAUAGUGGGUUAUUGUUGUUGUUUUUUGAGGGGGGAGGAUCGCUUAGGGCAGGGGUCUCCAACCUUGCCGACUUUUAAGCCUUGUGGACUUCAACUCCCAGAAUCCCUUAGCCAGCCGGAUGCCGAAGUCCACCAGUCUUCAGUUUGCCAAGGUUGGAGACCCCCGGUUUAGGGUGUCUGGAUUAGCCCUGGAGGGGCAGGGCAGGUUUAAAUCCAGAUGUUAUUUUUGUAAAAAACAAAAACAAAAAAAUCUUGUGUGUUCUUGUGUGCCUAUAGGAAACGCACAAAACAAACGGUAGAAGGUGGGGAAUAAUUUGUUCACUCCUUUUUUGC